AUGAGCUUCAAAACACCUAUACUUGAUAAGAUAGUCAGCUCUGAAAAUGAUGACAGUCGCGAAUUAGACGUAGUAGGAUCUGAUGAAGACGAAAGUUUCGCGCAAUUGGAUGGAGAUGCGUUCCGCCUGGACAGAAAUCAAGCAAAGCGGCACCAAAGUCCAAAGAAAAAGACCUUGUUCGUGGAUGACGAAAGUUUCGCGGAAAGCCCAGUGAAAAGCGGUUUACUAGGACAUUCUCCAACGCAAAGCCCACUAAGAAAAGUCCAGUUUGACACACAACAUGGAGUAAAGCGAUUACCAGCAGACCCUUGGGAUUUUAAGACUCUCAUCCUGGAGCAAUUCGAGGAACGCCUGCCGGAAGGCUACGAUUUGAGAAAUUGGAGACGUCCAUCUAGGAAGUUGGUGUCUAAUAUGGUGGACAUUUUGGAGAAUAACGUAACUAUGGCUUUGGAACAAACUUUUGCGAAAUACACAGACGAAUGCAACCGCGCUAUACUCGAUCGAAGCGUAAAAGGCGUCCGAAAGGAAAAGGAACAGAUGCUUUUUCAUCUAAUAGGCAAAAUUGAGCAUCGUUUGCGCAGGUCGCGGUUCCCGUCGCGUGCUACAGAUCGCGAUUUGGAUAUCGAGUACAUCUAUGCAAAACGAAAAUUUAUACAGGACCGCUUUUCGCGCGAAUCAAACCACUUAGAGCUCGUCGAACAUCAGAUUCAGCGGGAACAAAACACGUUGGAUGAGCUUAAGGCAUCGCAGUCAAGGCAUACGGAUCGCAGUGCGCGGAGAUCCAAAGAACUUACAGAGCAACUGUCGAACAACUUACACCCGGCACUUAGUAAGGCGAUGAUCAAUUCCUUUGGACUGUUACGUGACAAUGCUGCCAACAGAGAUCGAUAUCACCAAGAUGUCGACGAUUUGAAUCUAAAGUUGGAAGAAUCAGUAUCGCAGGACUCAUUGCUCGGGCUACAAGACCAUUUCCCGGCGAUUCGAGAAUACCGCGCCUCUGUUCAAAAGUUGCGAGAUUCCUGUCAAAGGCUGUUCAAAGAACCAGAACAACAAUACCCAGGUGCCGGAACACCUAGCUAA